CACUUUUGUUAAUUCAUUCAUCUCAUUUAAUGUAGUGCAAUUCAAGGAUAGCUGACUUCAACAUCAAUUAUUUGUAUACCAUAAAAUAAAUUAAAGCGCUUUGUUUUGUACCCUACUCAAUUUAUGGUUAUUCCCCUAUGUCUACAGUUUAUUUGCACUUUUUCCUUAAAAAUGCAUACAAGGAGUGAAGAAUGGUUCAAUUAUGAUGUGACGUCAGCUCAUCGAGUCGUUGACUUGUUUUAAGCCAUGUUGAUAAGUGCCGACUACUUGGUCAAGGUGUACACAGUAAUCACAAUCAGUAGUUGAAGUUUUCAAGUACAGCUCAGAAUUAGUCACAUUCUCUUUUGUUACUCUAAGUAAUUCUUUCUUUUCGAACUGCAAUUUGAGCCAAUGCAUAUUUGCAUUAUAUCUUGUUUUAUUUGUAACUGUGAUGUAAGAGGUGACUCCAGUGACUAAAAAAUAUUCUGACUUAUACUAUUCAGUUUGUCGUUACUAUUCUUAAAAGCAAUUUAUUGUUUAUUCACUUCCCUAGAUUUGUCUGACAUCCAGUGAACUUUAACGUUUUGCUUCAUACGACAAUGAAAUUAAUCCGUAUUCCAUCAUUUAUCAUGGUGACUAAAUUUUAUUUACUAUUGUUAUUCUUUUUGGUGAGUUCGGAUAAAAAUGUUGUUUUAAAUAACAAUCCAUCUGAUUUUUAUCAACAAAUAAAUGCUUGGCCAGAUUUUCAAUUGGCAGCAUUCACUGAUUUAAAUGCUGAUCGUCGAAUGGAUAUUAUAUUUGCCAAUGGCGAUGGUUCGAAAUUAUUUGCUGUUCUACAAUCUGACAAUAAAGGUUUUCAAUCCACUUCACCAAUACUAUCUAGUGUGAGAUUUUCUCCACCUGUUGAAAUAAUUGGUAAUUAUUUGUCUAAGCCUGUUCGUGGUGUUGCUGCUUCUGAUUUCAAUGGAGAUUCUCGGACUGAUCUUUUACUAGUCACCGGUAGUUCAGAUGGGGGACCAUUUGAUGUAUAUGUAGCUUAUGGCUCAAGUGGUGAAUAUCGUGGGAAAUUCGGUUCACCAAAAUUUCUGGAUACUUUUACUUCUCAACCAUUAGUAUGCGAUUUAAAUUCUGAUAUGAUUGCUGAUGUAUACGGCGAAGUGUCAGGACAUCGAGUAGCAUAUAUAGGCGGAAAUGAGCUUACGAAAUUAUCCACUGCCUAUUCUGGCCCUUCAUGGUCUCGACUUGGUUAUUCAGCUUUCGGGGAUAUCAACAGAGAUGGUGUUCCUGAUAUUGUAAUCCUUGUGGAUAAUGAGAAUACACAACAAUUACAGGUGAUACUACGUACUCAAUCAUCGAUUGGUUCUUUGCCUGAUGUAACUAAUGCUGAAUUAAUUGAUCUCGAUCCUAAGUUAUUAAGUACUCCACAAUCUGUUUUGGGAUUAUUCGUGUUGAAUGAUUUCGACUAUGAUGGCUCAAUUGAUUUACUUCUACCUGUAUGCAGAGACGCUAAAUGUUUGGAUACCAGUAGUAUAUAUAUAUAUUCUUUCAAAGAUCGAAAGUGGUUCCCUGUUAAUGUAAUAUGGGAGCCUUCAAAUGUUAAAGAAAAUACUAUGCGAUGGUCUUUAACAUCCACUCCACAAAUAAGAUCUGGUUUAUUGACUAGUUCAUUAAUUGGUCCAGCAGUUGGUGAUGUCAAUAUGGAUGGCAAACCUGAUUUAGGUUUAGGUGUUACGAGUUGGUCAAAAAGUGAUCAAAAUAUGGGUGUUUAUCCUGGAGUGUUCGUUAAUAAAGGAUUAAAUUCUAAUGGAAUUCUCACUUUUCAACUUACUCUACUUCCGGGCGUUCAAUUGCCACCAGACAAUACUAGACUACGUCAGUUGGCAUUUUUUGAUCAAUCUGAUGAUAGUAUUUUGGAUUUCUUUAUGGUUUCUUUAAAUCCCCAUGAUCAACCAUCAGCCCAGUUAUUCCUGAGUACUGUGGAUACUGAUCCAUACUUCUUAAAGGUUACUGUUCUUAACGGACUUUGUUCAUCUGCGGAUUCAUGUUCAGAUGGUAGAUUACCUUAUGGUCUUAUGGUACCUGGAAUAAGUUCAUACCUCAACACUGAAGCUGCUGCUGGAGGUCGUCAUCUUUCUGCUGCACUUUUAAGUUCACAAAGUUGUUGUAGUGCUCUUCAAGUACCGUUUGAAAUAUUUGGUUUAGGUCAAUUUGCCAAUUAUGUUGAAAAAUUAACAAUUUCUAUACCACCAUCGAGAGAAGUAAAUCGUUUAUUUUCAAAAAUUAUUUGUCUUACAUUUUGGACUACUUUUAAUUUAUAUACAUUUAUAUAUAAUUAUCAAAAGUGGAAGAAUUAUUUAAUAAUAUGAGAAUGGUACCUAGGCAUUGUCUUAUAUGAAUUGACAAUGUUGGUCGAUUUUUCGUAGUUAAUGCAAAAUGUGGCUACUUAUUUAAGGCUGGUAUUAUUACUUAACUAUUUAAUAAUUUUUGUAUUUCAAAUAUUUUCUUAAUGUUUGAUUUAUAAAUGUUAAAUAAAAAUGUUUUUAGCAAAUAAGCUGUAGUAAUUUUGAACAAUUAAUAAAAUGGAUUUUCAGUUACUUCACUGUAGCUCCAAAUUCUAUUCUACCUAAUUUAGUUAGUAUGGUAGAAAAAUAUUUAUAAUUAUCACAUCAAAAUUUGAUCUGAAGCAUAGUAUAUAAUGUGUUCUUGGUAAGCGAAAUCCACCAAAAAAACAAACUUGGUCAAUUUCUUUAAUUAAAUUAAUGAGAAAUAUUGUUUGCCUUGACAGUUUAAUCAUGUGUCAUACUUUUCUGUUUUAUAUGGUUAGCUUCGUGGACUGAUCUUAGUUAAAUAACCAUUAAAAACCAGGAAACACUAGACAGCUGCUGCAUCCUACUACAAGACUACCUGACAAUGUGCACCUAGAACCCUCAAGUUUUUGAGUGAGCGCCUAACCUUCAGACUACUGAGCUCAUAUUCAGUAGUUUAUAUAGUUUACCAACUCUCGAUAUUGCGCAGCCGUCUGUUUUUGUGCAAAGACUGGAAGGAGAGUGUAUUACCAUCAGUUAUAGGCGUUUUUGAGCAAAGUUGAUGAAUGGUGGCUGUAGUGAAGUCCAAUACGUUCAUUAAAUAAUUCUUCGUAAACAUCGUUUCACAACUAACUUAUCAAUGGAAAUAGGAAGUAAUGUAUGGUCUUACAAGUUAUUCGGUCAAUCAGUCAUACGCAAUACAGAAUGUGGUACAUACGUGCAUCGGUGAAAGUUUCCACACCUUAAUAGCAAAUAGAUAUACCAGAACAGUAUAGGUAGUAAUAAUGUUGGUGGCAGUAGAAAAGACUAGGCAUAAAAUUAACGACUUGAAAAGAAAGUGUGGAUUCAUGUAAUAGAAAAACGUACGAAGUAAUUUGAAGAACUAGAAUUUAAGAAAAAACAAAGAAUUAAUGCACCUACCCUUUACAAAAUAAAUCGUCUUUAAAUUAACUAACUGUUAUAUAUAAAACCUUAUUCAUAAUAUUGGUUAUGUAACUUAUCCUGUUCAUUGGUAUAGUAGUAUGUAUUAUUUUAUUUUAAAUAUAAUACAUAGUUUAUAUUCUUUACAAAAUCAAAUCUCUUAUUUUAAUACUGGGUUGACGCAUGACUUCUUAUAUUUUCAUUGUUGUUGGUAUAUUGAACACUUUCAAAGCAUAUAUCAGUAUAUACUAAUCAUAAUCUUUCUAGGUGAAUAAUUUAAGUUUGUAACUACGUUCAUUUGGUUGAAUGAAACGCCACUUGUGUAUUAUUCAAAUAUAUUAUUAUGAAUAAUCAUAAUAAGUUUUCAUUCUAUUACACUUUCUUAGCUUAUUCGAUCACGUUUACUAUCG